AUGUUAAAGUCAAGAUUAAGCGAUUUAAGGACUCGAUCUUCUGUCCCGAAGAUGGCUACGUUAUCUCCCUCCGGAGCUAAUCUCGAUCCUCCGUCGAGGCUAACACCGGAGGAACAAGAUGCGAAACUGGAGAAGAAGGCCAGAAUCUGGAUGCAAUUGAAUUCGAAACGGUACGCCGAGAAGAAAAUUAGGAAGACAUGCCACCAGAACAUCUCAGGAAGGUUAUCAAAGAACAUGGUGAUAUGUCAACAAAGAGACACCGUCACGAAAAAAGAGUAUCUUGGAGCUCUAAAAUUCGUCCCUCAUGCUAUUUUCAAGCUCUUGGAGAAUAUGCCUAUGCCAUGGGAGCAAGUCAGGGACGUCAAGGUCUUGUAUCACAUCACAGGAGCGAUCAUGUUCGUGAACGAGAUUCCUCUGGUUGUUGAACCUAUCUACAUGGUUCAGUGGGGUACAAUGUGGAUUAUGAUGCGAAGGGAGAAGAGAGAUCGUAAACACUUUAAGAGGAUGCGGUUUCCUCCCUUUGAUGACGAGGAGCCGCCUCUUGAUUAUGCGGAUAACUUGAUGGAUGUUGAUCCUUUAGAGCCGAUUCAGCUUGAGCUUGAUGAGGAAGAGGAUGCUUCUGUGUGCAGGUGGUUUUACGAUCACAAGCCGCUUGUGCAGACGAGUAUGAUCAAUGGUCCUAGUUACAGGAGGUGGAACCUCUCGCUUCCGGUUAAGUCGACGCUUCACAGGCUUGCAGGUCAGUUACUUUCUGAUUUGGUUGAUCGGAACUACUUCUAUAUGUUUGACACGCCGUCGUUUUUGACCGCUAAGGCGUUGAACAUGUGUAUUCCUGGUGGUCCAAAGUAUGAGCCUUUGUAUCGUGAUGUGGAGAAGGAGUGGAACGAGUUCAACGACAUCAACAAGGUUAUCGUUAGGUCGAGGCUGCGAACUGAAGGAAGAGUAGCUUUCCCUUACUUGUACAACAACAGACCUAGGAAAGUGAAGCUCUCUUCGUAUCACACUCCUAUGGUUAUGCACAUUAAAACAGAGGAUCCUGAUCUCCCUGCGUUUUAUUAUGAUCCUUUGAUUAACCCAAUAAGUAACGGAUUUCGUGACAGGAAGGUUUAUGUUGAUGAUGAUGAAGAUGGCUUUGCUUUACCAGAAGGAGUGGAACCGUUGCUACAAGAAACUCAGCUUUACACUGACACAACAAGCGCUGGGAUUUCGUUACUGUUUGCUCCGAGACCGUACAAUAUGAGGUCAGGGAAGACGCGGCGAGCUGAAGAUGUACCGCUUGUGUCGGAGUGGUUCAAGGAGCAUUGUCCUCCAACGUAUCCGGUUAAAGUUCUGGUUAGUUACCAGAAGUUAUUGAAAUGUUAUGUUAUGAAUGAGCUACACCGUAAACCACCUAAGUCUCAGAAGAAGAAGCACUUGUUCAGGUCUCUUGCAGGUACAAAGUUUUUCCAGAGCACCGAGCUCGACUGGGUCGAAGCUGAGAAGAAGAAGUCGGGUUUCGGUAACGCUUUCCAUCUCUGCCGUGAGAUUCUCCGGCUGACGAAGCUUGUUGUCGAUGCGAAUGUGCAGUUUCGUCUCGGGAACGUCGACGCCUUUCAGCUAGCUGAUGGUAUGUAUCGGUAUAAGUACAGGCUUAUGAGGCAAGUUAGGAUGUGUAAGGACUUGAAGCACUUGAUAUAUUACCGUUUCAAUACCGGUCCUGUCGGUGAAGGACCAGGUUGUGGAUUCUGGGCUCCGAUGUGGAGAGUUUGGUUUUUGAAGGGCGUCAUUCGAAAGGAGUUGCGAAAACGGUCACGAAGCAGAGAGUUGGAGCUACGAGCUGCUGUGAUGCAUGACGUCGUUGAUUCAAUGCCGGAGGGUAUGAAGCAGAAGAAAGUGAAAGUAAUAGGGCAGCAUCUUAGCGAGGCGUGGCGGUGUUGGAAAGCGAAUAUACCGUGGAAGGUCCCUGGUCUGCCUGUGCCGGUUGAGAAUAUGAUACUCAGGUAUGUCAAGCAUAAGGCUGAUUGGUGGACUAACGUGGCUCACUAUAACCGUGAGCGUAUCAGGAGAGGAGCUACAGUUGAUAAGACGGUUUGUAGGAAGAAUCUUGGGAGGGUGACACGUCUCUGGUUAAAGGCGGAGCAAGAACGGCAACACAAUUACUUGAAAGACGGUGCGCCUCUCACUUCCGAGGAAGCGGUUGCGACUUAUAGCACUACGUGUUCGUGGCUUGAAGCGAGGAAGUAUUCGCCGAUUCCGUUCCCUCCUGUGUCGUACAAGCACGAGACGAAGCUUCUUAUACUCGCUCUAGAGAGGUUGAAAGAAUCGUACGGUGGAGAUGUGAGGUUGAAUCAGCAGCAGAGAGAAGAGCUUGGGUUGAUUGAACAGGCUUAUGACAACCCUCACGAGACUCUAGCGAGGAUCAGACGUCAUCUUUUGACGCAACGUAAGUUCAAAGACGUUGGGAUUCAGUUUAUGGAUCUGUACAGCUGUUUGAUUCCGGUUUACGAAGUGGAUCCUCUAGAGAAGAUUACUGAUGCGUUUCUUGAUCAGUAUUUGUGGUACGAAGCUGAUAAGCGUCACUUGUUUCCGAGCUGGAUUAAGCCGGCAGACUCUGAGCCACCGCCGCUUCUGGUUUACAAAUGGUGUCAGGGUAUCAAUAACUUGCAAGGAAUAUGGGACACGGGUGAUGGUGAGUGCGUGGUGAUGCUACAGACAAAGCUUGAGAAGUUGUUUGAGAAGAUUGAUGUCACGUUAUUGAACAAGCUUCUUCGUUUGAUAGUUGACCACAAUAUUGCAGACUAUAUUACAUCCAAGAACAAUGUGAUUGCUGGGCCGCCGCAGAAGCCUAACGAGUUUAUGACUUUUUGGGAUUCGAAAGUCGAGACGCGACAUCCCAUAAGAUUGUAUUCUCGGUAUGUAGACAGAGUGCACAUGAUGUUUAAGUUCACACAUGAAGAGGCUCGAGAUCUUAUUCAGCGUUACCUUAGGGAGAAUCCUGAUCCCAACAAUGAGAACAUGGUGGGGUAUAACAACAAGAAGUGCUGGCCGAGAGAUGGGAGGAUGAGGUUGAUGAAACAUGAUGUGAAUCUUGGUAGGAGUAUCUCCUGGGAUAUGAAGAACCGUCUUCCUCGGAGCCUUACGACUUUGGAUUGGGAGCAUAGCUUCGUCUCUGUGUACAGUAAAAAUAAUCCUAAUCUGUUGUUCAGCAUGUGUGGGUUUGAGAUCAGAAUACUUCCGAAAAUCAGGAUGAGCCAAGAAGUUUUUAGCAACGUUGGUGAUGGUGUCUGGAAUCUGCAGAAUGAACAGACUAAAGAGAAGACUGCUGUUGCUUUCUUGCGGGUCGACGAAGAACAGAUUAAGGUGUUUGAGAAUCGUGUGAGGCAAAUUCUCAUGUCUUCAGGGUCAACCACGUUCACCAAGAUCACCAAUAAAUGGAACACAGCUUUGAUAGGUCUCAUGACUUACUUCCGUGAAGCCACUCUGCAUACACCAGAGCUCAUUGAUCUGUUGGUUAAAGGUGAGAGCAAGAUCCAGACAAGGAUCAAGAUCGGUCUGAACUCAAAGAUGCCAAGUCGGUUUCCUCCGGUCGUCUUCUACACUCCAAAGGAACUUGCCGGGCUUGGAAUGCUGUCUAUGAGUCAUAUCUUGAUUCCUCAAAGUGACAUUCGUUACGGCAGACAAACAGACCUUGGUGUUACUCACUUUAGGUCUGGAAUGAGCCAUGAAGAUGAUCUAAAGAUACCUAAUCUUUACCCCAUGGGAAAGGAGUUUAUAGAUUCACAACGAGUGUGGGCAGAGUAUGCUUUGAAGAGGCAGGAAGCACAAUCCCAAAACAGACGUCUUACACUUGAGGAUCUUGAAGACUCUUGGGAUAGAGGAAUCCCACGUGUAAACACUCUAUUUCAGAAGGAUAGGCACACGUUAGCUUAUGAUAAAGGUUGGAGAGUCCGUACAGACUUCAAGCAGUACCAAGUCCUGAGACAAAACCCUUUCUGGUGGACUCAUCAGAGACAUGAUGGGAAGCUUUGGAACUUGAACAAUUACCGAACCGAUGUCAUACAAGCUCUUGGAGGUGUUGAGGCUAUUCUUGAGCACUCGUUGUUCAAAGGCACAUACUUUCCAACGUGGGAGGGUUUAUUCUGGGAGAAAGCAUCUGGUUUUGAUGAGUCAAUGAAGUAUAAGAAGCUGACGAACGCGCAGAGGUCUGGUCUGAAUCAGAUUCCUAAUAGAAGAUUUACUCUCUGGUGGUCUCCGACGAUCAAUCGAGCGAAUGUUUAUGUCGGUUUCCAAGUGCAGCUUGACCUGACUGGAAUAUUCAUGCACGGGAAGAUUCCUUCUCUUAAGAUAUCUUUGAUUCAGAUUUUCCGUGCUCAUAUGUGGCAGAUGAUCCACGAGAGUGUUGUUAUGGAUCUUUGCCAAGUGUUGGACCAAGAACUGGAUCAAUUGGAGAUAGAGACAGUGCAGAAGGAGACGAUUCAUCCAAGGAAGAGCUACAAGAUGAACAGCUCUUGUGCCGAUAUUCUUCUGUUUGCUGCACAUAAAUGGCCAGUAUCGAAGCCUAGCCUGUUGACCGAGUCGAACGAUACGUUUGACCAGAAAGUUACUAACAAGUUUUGGAUUGAUGUGCAGCUUCGUUGGGGAGACUAUGAUUCUCAUGAUAUUGAGCGUUACACUAGGUCCAAGUUCAUGGAUUACACGACUGAUAACAUGUCUAUAUAUCCAUCUCCAACAGGUGUAGUGAUUGGGAUUGAUUUGGCGUACAACAUGCACUCUGCGUACGGUAACUGGAUCCCUAACUCUAAACCUCUACUUGCUCGAGCGAUGAACAAGAUUAUGAAGUCGAAUCCGUCGUUGUAUGUGCUGAGAGAUAGGAUAAGGAAAGGCCUGCAGUUAUACUCAUCUGAGCCCACGGAGCCGAAUCUGUCGUCUCAGAACUACGGAGAGAUAUUCAGCAACCAGAUGAUAUGGUUUAUCGAUGAUACAAACGUCUAUCGUGUGACGAUACAUAAGACUUUUGAAGGAAAUCUGACAACAAAACCAAUCAACGGUGCAGCUUUUAUAUUCAAUCCAAGAACCGGUCAGCUUUUCUUGAAGGUUAUGCAUACAAGUGUUUGGGCUGGUCAGAAGCGUCUUGGUCAACUAGCUAAAUGGAAAACCGCCGAGGAAGUUGCCGCGCUUAUGCGGUCUCUUCCCGUUGAGGAGCAGCCAAAGCAAGUUAUCGUGACUCGUAGAGGGCUUUUGGAGCCGGUUCAGAAGCACAUGAACGAUUUCCCAAACGUUGUUAUCAAGGGAAGUGAGCUUCAGCUUCCGUUCCAGGCCUGUCUUAAGAUUGAGAAGUUUGGUGAUCUGGUUUUGAAAGCUACCGAGCCACAUAUGUUACUCUUCAAUAUCUAUGAUGAUUGGCUUACGAGUGUGUCCUCUUACACUGCCUUUUCAAGACUCAUCCUCAUCCUCCGUGCUCUUCAUGUCAACAAUGACAAGGCGAAGAUGUUGUUGAAGCCAGACAAGUCUGUUGUCACUGAGAAACAUCACGUAUGGCCUUCUCUAACUAACGACCAGUGGGUAAAGAGGGAGGUUGCUCUUAAAGAUCUCAUCCUGUUUGACUACGCGAAGAAGAACAAUGUGAACACAUCGGCUCUGACGCAAUCUGAGAUUAGAGAUAUUAUACUUGGAGCUGAGAUUACUCCGCCGUCUCAACAGAGGCAACAAAUAGCUGAGAUUGAGAAACAGAGCAAGGAUGUGAGACAGGUUGAUGCAGUGACAUCAAGGACCACGAAUGUACAUGGCGAUGAGCUCAUUGUCACCACCUUUACUCCUUACGAGCAAUCUGCGUUCAUUUCUACAACAGACUGGCGCGUCCGUGCGAUCUCAGCUACUAAUCUUCACCUAAGGGUGAACCAUAUUGAUGCAGCAUCUAAGGCCCCCUUAGAUAACGCUCAGGUCAAGGAGAUCCGUUGCGUGGUGAUGGCGCCACAGUAUGGGAAUCACCAGAGAGUUCACUUGCCGGCGUCUCUUCCUGAGAAUGAUUUCUUAAAGGAUCUUGAGCCCUUGGGAUGGAUUCACACACAACGUAAUGAGCUUCCUCACUUGUCGCCGCAAGAUGUUGAAUCUCACGCCCGUUUUCUUGAGAACAACAAUUUCACUCCAGGCUCGUGUUCGUUGAGCUCAUAUAAGCUGACACAAACGGGGUAUGAAUGGGGACAGCUCAACGAGGACCCUAGCAGCAAUCCCAAAUGUUACGUUACGACACACUAUGAGAAGGUUCAAAUGCUGUUGAGUGACCGGUUCCUUGGGUUUUACAUGGUUCCUGAAGACGGACUAUGGAACUAUAACUUUAUGGGCGUGAAGUACAAAGUGAACAUGAAGUAUGGUGUGAAGCUCGGAGAUCCCAAGGAGUACUAUGACAUGACUUUGGCGAGAGAGAUCGCUAGGACGCUUUUGCUUGACUUGAAGAAGCAAGAUUUGUCAGUUGAGAUGAUGAACUCGAAGUCGUGGAGAUACAACAUAUUGGAGAUGAGAUUUUAA